GGGGCCUACAGGCAGCACUCACUUCCUGGUCGGGAGGAAGCGGCGGGGAGGUCGAUUAGCUUUAGCGCGGCUAACAGCAGCUUCUGUUUACAGACAGUUUUCAGAGUCUGGCAAGAUCUUGAAGAGGUCCUAUGGUGUGUUGCUAAAGCUCAUCAUGUACUACUUCUGCUGCUGCUCUAUUCAGAAUUUAGAGAAUUAAUUAAGACGCUUUUAGGAGGACGGACUAGAAUCGGGAUUGUCAUUCAACACUCUUUUGUGGAGCCCUGAAUCUCCUCGAAGGCUGCAGGUCCAUUCAGUUUGCAUUAGGCCUGUUUAAACUAUGGCGGACGGGAGGAUCUAUGUGGGGAACCUUCCCAUGGACGUGCAGGAGAGGGACAUUGAGGAUCUCUUCUUCAAAUAUGGAAAAAUUCGGGAUAUCGAGCUGAAGAACAACCGAGGCACCAUCCCGUUUGCCUUUGUUCGUUUUGAGGACCCACGGGAUGCGGAGGAUGCUGUCUAUGGAAGGAAUGGAUAUGGAUUUGGAGACUGUAAGCUGCGUGUGGAAUAUCCUCGAUCCUCAGGAUCCAAAUUUAGUGGACCUGUUGGAGGAGGACCAAGGGGAAGGUUUGGGCCUCCGUCACGCAGAUCUGAGUUCCGGGUUAUAGUCACCGGUCUUCCUCCUACUGGCAGUUGGCAGGACCUCAAAGAUCACAUGAGGGAGGCAGGAGACGUAUGCUUUGCUGAUGUUCAAAGGGAUGGUGAAGGAGUGGUGGAAUUCCUCCGACGGGAAGAUAUGGAGUAUGCCCUGCGUCGACUGGACGGGACAGAGUUCAGAUCCCACCAGGGGGAGACUGCAUACAUCAGAGUUCUGGAAGAGAGAGGUACAAGUUGGGGUCGUUCACGUUCCAGAUCCAGGUCUCGUGGGCGUUAUACACCUCCUUAUCAGAGCAGAGGGUCCCCGCCUCCUCGCUACCGCUCCCCUCCGCGUUAUAUGUCCCGUCAUAGCCCUCCCCCUCGACGAGCCCCACCUCAGCACCACAGCCCGCCCCCACGCCACUAUCGGUAAAGAGCCAAGAGAUGCCAGAGCUGUUGAAGUCACCCACGCCCCAUUUUCCCACCUUUUUAAUUUUUUUGUUUUGAUUCUUAAUUUUGUAAUUUACAUUCCGUCAUUAAGACACCCCAAUGGCCUUCACUGUACAAAAUGGUCUCAACAAAAGUAUUCCUCUUCUGGUUAACUUAAUUUCCAGAAAGAGAGAAUGUUACAGAGGAGAUAUUCUGACAUGCAAGAGCUUUUAGUCUGUUGCAUUUACAACAGUCACCAUAAUUAUGACUUCUGUCUACCGUAAAUGUUAAUAUUGAAAAAGCUGUUGGGACAUUAUGAAUUUGAUUAAUCUACAAAAUCAACACUUUUUUUCUUUUAAAUAAAAGACUGAUCUUUUAAUUUUUUUGUGUGUGUGCACCCUACUCCCUUUUUGUAUCAUGUAAUGGGUGUAUACA